CCUGCAGAAGUAGAGCAGAGCAGAUUUGGGGCAAUAGAAAGAUUUUACGGUAAAUUUAUGGUUCGAGAUGUUGGCGCUACGGGACCUGACCUGGUCCCUCGUGGCCUUUCUUUGUACCGUGGGUUGAUGCCGGUGCCGGCCCAAUUUUGGAGAAGAGAUGGGACUCGACGGAUCAAGUUCGUGGACGUGGAGGCAUUUGCUGUGGUGUACUAGGCGUAGGGAGUAGGGAGUAGGGUGUCUGUCCCUUUUCUCUCCUCACCGACACUGACCCGUCUCUCGCAUUCACUUUUCUCCUUCGAGCAAAGCAAAGCAAAGCAAAGCAUCCCAUCUUUUGUCUUUAACAGAAAACUUUCCUCCUUCACGUCACACCCCAUCUGAACACAACUCACCCUCAGACCACACGAAGCACACCCACCACGCCACGCCGCUGGAUAAAGAAAUACGGAGUACAACUCCUAAGCGUGGAACUCAAAACAGCCGACUGACACCAACGAGAGACCGACCUGCCGACCUGCCCGCCCUGCCCUGACGAUCUUUGCUGUGUACUGUACUGCGCAGUGCUGUGUGUUAGUGUUGCGCUCUGCUCGACCCGCGGCAAGGAGAUCCAGGGCAAGUUGGCAACGUGGAAAAGCUAAAACAUUUGCCUUGCGCAGAAGGGUAUCUGCAAGAACGGACGAACUGGUGGAACAACGGAACUCUUGACAGGCCACAGCCUAGAGAAGGAGCAGCUAUUUUGAGCAAGCCCAAGUCCAAGGUCGUCCUGUAUACGGAGGAGUGUCUGGUGUGGCGUCUAGUGUUGAGUUUGUGUCCCCCAUUCAGGCACUGGCACUACUACUGCCAUUGGCAUUGGAAAGUGGCAGCAAUUACUUCCACAGAUGCAUUUCUAGAGGUUGAUAUGCUUUAGCUGCUAAUUCCGACCCAAAGCCAAAUAUUAAUUCGCAGUAGCAGUCACUUGGCCGAUCUGCUCGUACUCAGCAUUUACGACAAAUUGGUACGAAGUACUUGGUACCCACGCAUCUCAGCCCGGAGCCUCCGUCUAGCCAUACCAGCAACAGUUUCGAGAGAGUUACCCCAGUGACCGACCAGACCACUUGAGCACCAGCCAGCACCAGCCAGCACCAGCCAGCAUCAGCCAGCAUCAGCCAGCAUCAGCCAGCACCAGCCAGCACCACGCUACUAUACCUAUACUCUCUACACCUGUACCGACUCAUCAAAACACUCACACUCACAUUCACACUCUACGGUCAACGACAUCACCAUUCUGCAGGUAUCCUCAAACUCUCACCAUCCCAUCACCACUGUGCUUGUGGUGCCAUCUCUUGGUGCUGCCACGCUGCACGCCUCGGCUGUGUGCCCUUUACAGGCCUCCUCCUUGUACGCCGGGCAUUUCGUCCCAUCUUUUCUCAGCCAGCCAGCCCCUUCCUUUUCCACCUUGCACGCCCGUUGGCCGCCCUGAUUCGCUGUGGCAGCUCGUGGGAUUGAAUUUGAGACACGUCUCUGCAGAAGAAGCCUUUGAAGCCCGAGAGAACGCUUCUGGUGCCAUCCUCAAGUGCUUUUUGUCGCCUUGGAAAGUCGGAAUCAAGGGAAAUCACGCCCACCGAUGCGCGCCCGGACCUGGACGACUGGGAAGCGGCUACUGGACUUGACUUCUUUGCAGGUUUGGCUGGUUGGCAGCACAGCACCCACACCCAUCCACACCCCCUUAGAAGCCUUAGCAGGCCAACUAAGGUUCGUUCCUAGCAUUGGCCAACACCCCAACACCCCAACAUCCUGCAUUGCUCCUGGAAGGACCUGCAGCUAGCUAGCUCCCCCCUGUCUGCUUGGUCUGGCCUGUUUGGCCUAGCCCGCUUGAAGCAAUGAACUUCUAUCUCGAUGAUUCCGAGGGCGAGGAUGGAGUUGAUCAGGAACCCACCCCCGAUUCCCCAACUCUCCUCAAGCCCAAUGAUCUUUCGCGAUCUUCAACUUUUCAAUUGAGCCCAACGGUAUACCAAUACAAGCCUGAUCCGACGCCCACACCUACGCCUACCACUCCCAAGCGCUCUCCGACUGUCACUUCUGCCCCCAUCACAACAGCCAUGGCCCCUGCAAAGAGCUCUCCGAAGAGGGUAGAGCCCAACAAGGAGCCCAAGCUCGAUGUUCCCAUACACCCAAUUCCUUCCAUGCAAGAGGCUUUCGCAGAGUCGAUGCAAGAGGUGGCCAAUGGAGUCGAUUCCAAGCCCGAAAUCGAAAGGGACGCCCUGGCGAGGAGGAAACGGUUAUUAGACCAGGACGUGAACGAUCCGGUCCAUGCCGGGACAUGGAAGAGACGACCCGGUCAGAAAUAUCAUGAAUUCUGGAAGUUGUUGUCGCAGAUCUCAUUUGGUAUAUACCUGUUGUUAAACGGAAUUGCGAGAGACGAAGACCAAGUGAUCAACAUAUUACAAGGUCAUGUCGAUGAAGUAGAUCAGGCGAUAGAAACGACCUUGGAGGAUUUCGACCUGGCUCAACAGGACAUUGACGAACGAUUGGAGAUGCUGCAGCUGCCAUUGGCAAAUAUCACCAUUUUCGACGGGAUGCUAGAAGACCGGGAAUUUCGAAACCAGAUUGUGACGGGAAACGAAAAGAUUGAGCAUUGUAUUCAGCGAACGGCCAUGGCUAUGAAUGCGGGCCUGAAAGACGUGAAGCAAGGGAUAGAGGCAUGCAAGGAGUUUAGCAUUUAUUUGGCCGAGGAACAGGAGGAUGAGCUGUGGAAACAAGAACGCCCCGACAUGCAAAAGGUGUUCGAGGCCAUGAAAGGGAACGUUGAGGGGUGGUACAAAGCCUAUGUAUCACUACAGACAAAAGGUAAUCACCUGGCCGCUGCUUUGGUACAACUUGGAACCACCGUGGCGGAAAUGGACAAGCGUGCUGGGGAAGUGAGCAGAAAAUACCGAGUAUGUAUACCGUGGAGCCUCACCGAUAUUCCUUGUUGACCAUUGAGAUAGUUCAGCAUGUCUUCACCUACAGGAUCUCCGACGUCCAACACCCCUCUUCGUCGCUCUCGGCAGCCCUCUAUACAGAUGCGAAGAUCAAUGUCCAGAGAACUUCCGACCGACCCGGGCCCCAUCACCCCUGCCAUUCGAGCGGCACUUCCAGCCUUUCAACUGGUGGACGAGCGUGAACAAACGCCGGAAGAGGAAUCGGAUGAAGAAUCAAUCUUAGCAUUCGCAGAACCAGAACCCGAAUUCACUUUGAAGCCGCACACGUAUAGUCCAUUUCCUUCACCCAAGGUCACUCAAGCGCCUUCCUUCCCACCACAGCCCUUGCAAUCCGCCCCAUCACAGGAACCCCCUCGCCCAGAAAUCAGCAAGCGAGCCUCUCUACGUCAACGAUUCUCAUUAAAACGAAAAGAAACACCAUCAGAAAUCACCAUCAAAGCACCACAAGAACCAUCGGAUGAGAAUUAUUGGGGACCUCGACAACCGGUGAAAUCGGUCUCUAGACCACCACCGCAUAAACUUGAAACCACUGUAAAAUCACCCCCUUCACGUGGUCUCGACUCUGCUUAUUGUUCUGAUUAUGAGAAACCCUCAUCUCCCGAAAAUCCACCAAAUACCACUUUACCUCCCCCGAGAUUCAACACUUUCCCUCAGCCUCCCAGAUCAGUCACAAACACCCCAACUUCAACAGCAUUCAACUCCCCACGUAUACCUCCUCCCCCUCCAGCAAUUCCGGAAAGAGCACCCGAUCGAAACUCACAACCACGAGGGCCAGUGGGGGGUAUAGAACGAAUCGUAGCGCCAUCAAUCCUCACCCAAGAAUUCCUCCCCUCUCCCGCAUCCGAACGACAAUUUUUCCGUCCUGUCAACGCCUCUCCCAAUUCGCCCCUUCAGCGUCCUUGGACUGCUGCACCCGAUGAAAUUGUACAGAUUCACAGUAAUGGCUCUACAACCAACCUCCGCUAUGGUAGCCAUACUCCUUCACAGCUCGGAAAUCGUAAUCGCGCCCCGAGUGCGAUGAACAUGAGCAUGAUGAGCGAUAUGACGACGAUGACGGAGAAUGGGAAGAAGGUCAAGAAGAAGCGGAGUGCGUUUGGGUGGUUGAAGAAGGCGUUCAGUCUGAGCGAAGAGGAGAAGGCUGCAUUUGAGGAGAGAAGGAGGAUGACAGAUGCGGAUUUCCGGAAGGAUCAUGGGAGGAAUGAGCAGCAGCGAUGGCUGGAUGGGAAGAGAAUAAGAUAGGAUGGAGAUGGAAGAGAUGGAACCCUCUUUGUCGCCCUUGUGAUUUGGUUUGAUUUGAUUUGGAGUUUUUUUUUGUCUUUUUAGCAAGCACGCAUGCAUAUGGGCUGUUGUUCCCCCCUGCUUUUUGCUUUUUGCUUUUUUCCCUAUGUAAUAAUGUAUUUCUUCUCUUUCUCUUUCUUGCUUUCUGUCUUUUGUUUGGAGCAAGUCGCAAGUCCCUUUUUUCCUUUUUCUUGUCUUUGUUGUUAUAUACCCCCAGUACAGGGCUGGCAGAUAGGGAAUACGGAAAUAGGGGGUUUUCUGUUUGUUUUCUUUUAUAUUGGCUGGGGUAAUUGAGGCGAAAGGGAAGGUGAGAGGGUUGAGGUGUAAGCUUGCUAGGUGGGUGGUGAAGGG